AUGUCUUCCAGAGGUACUGAUAGACGGAGAGACCGCAGCUGGGAACGUGAAGACAAGGAUAGGGAUAGAGACCGUGAUAGAGGCAGUCGCUACUCUCGAGGUGGGGGAGGAGGAAGACGCGACUACUCCCCUCGAAGACGGUCUCGAAGUCCUCCCAGACGUGGAGGUGGUGGGAGAGACAGGGACAGGGAUUAUGACUAUGACCGAGAUCGACGAGAUUAUAGAAGUGACUACAGGCGGGAUAGGUCUCCAGAUCGACGAGGAGACGACAGAAGAAGGCGCGACGAUAGGGACUAUCGAGACCGGUCGAGAGAACGAGAUAGGGACCGCGAACGGGACAGAGACAGGGAUAGGGACGGUCGCGGAAGAGACAGCGUCCCACCACCUGCAGGUUCAACUUCCAGACCCACUGCAUCCUCUGGUCCCUCUAGUCAUAGAGAAGACUCGCAUCCACCAAAUUCCCGACCUCAUGGCUCUGAAGCCCCGUCGAGUGCCAAUGAAGAGGGUGAAGAGGGCGAGGCUAUGGACGCUGAAAACGAUGACGACGCUGCUAUGAUGGCCAUGAUGGGUAUUGCAGGAUUUGGAACCACAAAGGGAAAACAAGUCCUUGGAAACCAGGAAGGGGCGGCCAAUAUCAAAAAGGUUCGAACCUGGCGUCAAUACAUGAACCGAAGGGGAGGUUUCAACAGGCCUUUGGACAAGAUCAAGUAG